AUGCAAUUUACAAGGAGUUCUUUUCCUUCAUUUCGAAAAGGUUUUACUUUUAGUAACCGUAAAAUAUUUCGACCAAACCUCUUGAAUUAUCAAACUUUGCAUGAACAGACUACGAACGUUUUACCAAAUAAUGUUGACAGCAAGAGCGACGAAUUUAAAGAAAAUGCUGAAAAAAUGAACAUACUUGUCAAAAACUUGGAAAACAUAAUAAAUAAAGUUGUGUUAGGUGGCAGUGAGAGCGCUCGAAAGCGCCAUCUGGAACGUAAAAAAUUAUUAGUUCGCGAUAGAUCUCCCUUCCUAGAACUUUCUCAACUAGCUGGUUACAAAUUGUACGCAGAUGAAAUACCCGCAGGCGGAAUAAUUUCUGGGAUUGGACGCGUUAAAGGGGUAGAAUGUAUGAUUAUCGCUAACGACUCAACAGUCAAAGGCGGAACAUAUUAUCCCAUUACAGUCAAAAAGCAUUUACGAGCACAAGAUGUUGCAAGAGAAAAUCGGCUACCAUGCAUAUAUUUGGUAGAUUCGGGAGGUGCUAAUCUUCCCCAGCAGGCAGAGGUUUUUCCAGAUCGUGAUCAUUUUGGACGCAUUUUCUUUAAUCAAGCCACAAUGUCUGCUGAAGGCAUACCACAGAUAGCUGUUGUGAUGGGAUCAUGCACGGCAGGUGGCGCCUACGUUCCCGCUAUGGCAGAUGAAAGUGUUAUUGUUGCAAAGCAAGGUACCAUUUUCUUGGGUGGACCUCCAUUGGUCAAGGCAGCUACUGGUGAAGUGAUCACAGCAGAAGAACUAGGAGGAGCAGAUUUGCAUUGUCGAACAUCCGGCGUAACAGAUCAUUACGCUAAUAGUGACGAACAUGCUUUACAAAUCACAAGAAGCAUUGUUGAGACGCUUAAUUGGUCGAAGAAACCGAAUUUAUCAAUUAAAAAACCCGAGGAGCCUAUAUAUUCUGCAUCAGAGCUUGGUGGUAUUGUGGGUGAUAAUCUACGUAAAACUUUUGAUGUAAAAAAUGUCAUUGCGCGUAUCGUGGACGGUAGUCGAUUCGAAGAAUUUAAGGAAUUAUAUGGGACAACAUUAGUUACCGGCUUCUCGCAUUUAUACGGCUAUCCCAUUGGAAUUAUUGCAAAUAAUGGAAUCCUUUUCUCAGAAUCAGCUCUGAAAGGAGCACAUUUCAUUGAGCUUUGUGCACAACGUGGUAUACCGUUAAUAUUUCUCCAAAAUAUUACAGGAUUUAUGGUUGGAUCAUCUGCGGAAGCUGGUGGCAUCGCCAAGAAUGGCGCGAAAUUGGUGACAGCAGUAUCGUGUGCUAAAGUUCCAAAAUUAUCGGUUAUUAUCGGUGGAAGUUUUGGCGCUGGAAAUUACGGAAUGUGCGGAAGAGCAUAUAAUCCUAGAUUUUUAUUGAUGUGGCCGAACGCGCGAAUAUCAGUGAUGGGUGGCGAACAAGCCGCGAGCGUUUUAGCUCAAAUUAAACGAGAUUCAAAAGCAGAAAAGGGCGAAGAGUGGUCAAUGAAAGAGGAGGAAAAAUUCAAGAAACCUAUUCGCGAUAGAUUUGAAGAAGAAGGGCAUCCAUACUUUUCUUCGGCGCGUCUUUGGGAUGAUGGAAUCAUCAAACCUGCAGACACAAGAAAAGUUCUCGGAUUGGCAUUAAGCGCCGCGCUAAAUGCACAGAUUGAAAAAUCACGGUUUGGUGUUUUCAGGAUGUAG